UCGGAUUGGCGCAUCAUGCCUACCAUCUCCGUGGAUAAGGCUGCCCUCUUCAAGGAGCUGGGGAGGGAAUAUACGACUGAAGAGUUUGACGAACUCUGCUUCGAGUUUGGAAUCGAGUUGGACGAAGAUACGAGUCAGAGCUCAAAGCCAGAAGACCAAGCGCAACCCGCACAGCUCAAAAUCGAGAUCCCCGCGAACCGAUAUGACAUGCUAUGCUUCGAGGGUAUUGCUCUCAACCUGAGGGUUUUCCUAGAGAAACAACAGCUACCAAAAUGGACACUUUCCCCACCGAAAUCGGGCGAGCUGGAAACACUUACAAUCAAGGAGGAGACUACCAAGAUCCGACCGCUUUGCUCCGGUGUGGUUCUGCGCAACAUCAAAUUCACGCAAGAGAGAUACGACUCCUUCAUUGCCCUACAAGACAAGCUCCAUCAGAACCUUGCGCGCCAGCGUACUCUCGUAUCGAUAGGCACGCACGACCUCGAUACGAUCAAGGGUCCUUUCACAUACGAGGCACUUGCGCCUGAACAAAUCUCCUUCGUUCCUCUAAACCAAACCAAGGAAAUGAACGGGAAGCAGCUCAUGGAGUUCUAUGAGAAAGACAAACACCUCGGCCGUUACCUCCACAUCAUUCGCGACUCGCCAGUCUACCCUGUGAUCUACGAUUCGAACCGCACUGUCCUUUCUCUCCCUCCAAUCAUCAACGGAAACCACAGCAAGAUUACGCUUGACACAAAGAACGUUCUCAUCGAGAUCACCGCGCUGGACAAGACCAAAGUCGAGAUCGUUAACCACAUUCUUGUCGCCAUGUUCGCUGGUUACGCAGAAUCGAUAGAGCCCCUCAAGAUCAUCUCACCUCACAACGACGAAUCAAGGGAAUCCCCCGAUCUCGCACCGCGCGAGAUGAAGGUUGAGAUCGAUUACUUGAACCAGGUGACUGGAUUAAACUUCGCUCCAGAAGAAAUAUCCAAGCUUCUGACUAAGAUGGGCUACAGCGCGAAACCAUCUUCGGAAAGCAAUCUGUUGGAUGUCGCCGUACCAAUCACACGGGCGGAUGUUCUUCACCAAGCAGAUAUCAUGGAAGACUAUGCCAUUGCAUACGGUUUCAACAAGCUGCCUCGUUACUACCCCAACAAAUCCGCCGCCGUGUCUGCGCCCCUACCAAUCAACAAGGUCGGUGAUAUCGUGCGCCUGGAGUCGGCGGCAGCAGGCUGGACAGAGGUCAUGCCUCUCAUUCUGUGCUCACACGAAGAAAACUUUGCGUGGUUGAAUCGCAAAGAUGACGGAAAGACGGCCAUCAAACUCGCGAAUCCCAAAACCGCGGAAUACCAGAUUGUACGGACAUCGCUUUUGCCCGGGCUUCUCAAAACCAUCAACUCCAACAAGCACCACGCAGUACCGAUGAAGAUUUUCGAAGUCAGCGACGUCGGUUUCAUAGACUUGUCGCAAGAACGAAAGAGCAGGAACGAGAAACACUUUGCAGCAGCCAUCAUGGGCAAGACCAGUGGUUUCGAGCAGGUCCACGGAUUGUUGGACAGGUUGAUGUUGAUGCUCAAAUCAGCCUUCAUCAGCCGGGAGGAUGGACUGAAAAACACCCAAUUAGGUGGCUACUGGAUUGAGGAGGUGGAAGAUCCCACUUUCCUUCACGGUCACUCUGCUGCUAUCAAGCUCAACAUUGAUGGCAAGCAUCACACUAUCGGUGUCUUUGGCAUCCUUCACCCAUCUGUUUUGCAGAAGUUCGAACUACCAUACCCCGUGAGCACUGUUGAGAUCAAUCUCGAGGUUUUCCUAUAGCAGCUUGGAUAUCCACCGAUCUCAUCGCAUACAGCCAAAAGAUGACGCAUUUCCAUUGCCAUAGAUACCAAAAUACGAUUGUAUGAUUAAACGACCAUCGCGAUGUUUUGCUUCUCGGUUUCUCGUCGAUUUCUUACCAUCUUGCUCACAAGUCAUGCCAGAAACUAGCUAACACCCUACUUUCUCCAUCAACCCUACUGCUCAAUUGCCCCAUAAGCAUAAUCUCUCCCCUUUGUAUUCUCCUUGACCCUCCACCCCUCAAUCUCCUCCUCCUUGCUCGCGGCCUUGCACCCGUUAUCCUUGCCCUCAACCGGCUCCCCCCACUGCAACCAAGCCGGCACAACGCCCGUCCACGUCCCACUCCUCAACGCCUGAUCCGACAAAUCCUUCCUAUCGUCCGACGGCCCACCCGCUCUAACCUUCGCACUCGCAGUCUCAAUCCUCACCCUCAACACCCCCGUGCUCUGCAUCUCUGCCCCCGUAGGCUCGCUCCGCGACGCCCCCCAUCGCCCCGGCAGCAAACUAUCCGUGAUGCGCUCCAACGCCCACAGCUUCUCCGCUUCAUCCGUCACGCGCUCCGCGUACCCGUACACGGUAGCGCUGCGGUAAUUACACGAGUUGUGGAACGGCGCGAGAGCCAGCACCAGCCCGUCCAUCAACGACGCUGCAAUCGUGAUGGGGAGACCUUUCUCCUCUUCUUUUCCUUCUUCGGCACCAUCGGCGGUGCGGAAUACCCGGCCGCUGACGUACCCGUGCAAGUAGAUGUCUUGCGCAGUGCUGUUUGGAUCUGAUGACUGCGCCGAGAAGGAUCCUGUGCAGCCUAGCAUGGGGAGCACGACGGGGAAUGGGUGGGCUGGGUCGUUGAAGGACAUGUGCACGAUUGGGCUCGUGUUUAUGAUGCUGUGGACUGUCGCGUAGUCGUAUGCUCCUGUUGUUUGCUGGUGUCAGUCUUUCUAUUCUUCAUCUUCAAUUUCUCUAGGAGUGUCUGGAGGAGUGGGGGAAAGAGGUUUGAGGAAAGCGAUUGUAAUUAUACAAGGGCAACUUUUAUAUCGAUCUCUUCUUUUCUGUUUUUUUUUAAACGUACCUCUCUUUGCAAGCCGUCCCAGCUUCGAGGCCGCGGUUUUGGGAUAUUCUCCAGCCAUGGUUUCGUUGUC